GACUGACUUCAGCCCAUUGUCGUCGUAGACGUUUGUACAUAAAAUUUUGUUACUCGAUUCUUCGUUUUUUCUCAUUACCUCGAGUCUACCUUACCCAGGCCGAUGUGCUAGUGACAACCGAAGACAACCUAACCAGUACCACAAUGCCCCCUAAAAAGAAGAGCACCAAGCAGGCCUCGGCCGCACCCGAGGCGUCCUCACCUGAGCGGUUUGAGAAGGAACUCAAGGACCUCGCCGCCAAGGCCCAGGAGCAGGGCGGCUGGCGAUGGUUCCGAAAGCAGGCAUCCAUCUACAUCAGGACGGGCAUUCUGCUCACCCUCGUAGCGGCCGCCUGCAACGCGUCUUACUUGGCCCUGACGCCGGUCUACGGGGCCAUCCCGACAUCGGUGUGGCACUCGAAACUCGUCAUGGCCGCCGCCUUCGCGGGAUGGUCUGGCAAUGUGUGGCUCUCCCGCAUCCUGCCGUUCGACCCGGCCCAUCUCCUCCCCGUGUUCGCGGCGUACAUCCCGACCGUGCAGUUCUUCCUUUUCUCACUGAGCGGCACGCUGACGGCACGGUACGGACCGGCGGUCACCGAGCUCCUCACCCUGUUCCCGCUCGUCGCCCUCUCGUCCGCCACGGUGGCCAACCUCCUCGAAGGGGCCGACCUUUCCAUGCUGCCGUCGUUCCUGGCCGAUGCCGGGCCGGGAAUCGGAUCGUGGGCGCUGUUCAAGCUCGCCGAGAGCUUGACGGGCGGCUACAUGCACGUCUUCCUGGGCUGGUCGUUCCUCACGUCCCGGGUCGGGUAUGAGAUCCUCCUCAGCCUUGCCUACACGCUGUUCGCGUCGUCCAACAUCGCCGCCCUGGCCAUUCCGGCCAUGUACCACACCUCCAUGCUUAACUACCACGUCCCGACGCCGGCGGCGACUGCCAAGCUCAACAGCACGCUGCAGGCCGAGGACUGGCUUUUGCUGGAUCGCAGGGAAUCCACGACGGGGUACAUCUCCGUCAUGGAGAGCCUCAAGGAGGGCUACCGCGUUUUGCGGUGCGACCACUCGCUGCUUGGAGGGGAGUGGACGAAAAUCCGGCCCACGGACUCUCGGGUAUCCGAACCCAUCUAUGGCGUCUUCGUCAUGCUGGAGGCCGUGAGGCUCGUCCAGAUUCCCGAGCCUGUCCCCGAUUCCGAGGCCAAGGCACUUGUCGUCGGAUUGGGUAUUGGCACGACACCAAGCGGAUUGGUGGCGCACGGCAUCGACACAACUGUGGUCGAGAUUGAUCCUGUGGUUCACGAAUUUGCCUCCAAGCACUUCACCUUCCCCGCCAACCACACUGCUGUCAUCGAUGAUGCGGUGAGCUACACAGCUUCUCUUGCGGAGACGGAUGCCAAGUUCGACUACAUCGUCCACGAUGUCUUCACGGGGGGUGCGGAGCCUGUUGACCUCUUCACGCUCGAGUUUUUGCAAGGUCUCAACACUCUCCUCAAGCCGGACGGUGUCAUUGCUAUUAAUUAUGCUGGCGAUUUCAUGCACCCGGCGCCCAAGAUCGUUGUCAACACGAUCAAGGAGGUGUUCCCCACCUGCCGUAUCUUCCGUGAGUCCCCCGAGCCAGAUGCGGAGACGCUGGCCAAAGAGGGCCAGGACUUCACCAAUAUGGUUAUUUUCUGCAAGAAGACGGCCGGCGACAUCACGUUUAGGGAUCCCAUUCCGGCAGAUUUCCUUGGCAGCCGGUCUCGACAGGCCUACCUCAUGCCCAGACACGAAGUGCGCGAAUCCAGCUUCAAGUCGAGUGAGGAUGGUGGUAUCAUGAGGAAGAAUGAGACGCAGAAGCUGGCCAAAUGGCACCAGACGAGUGCCCUGGGACAUUGGGAUGUGAUGCGUAUUGUUAUACCCGGAAAGAUCUGGGAGCUGUGGUGAGAAACUGUUUUCUCUCUUUCCUCUCCUUUUCUUUUCCUUGUCUUUUUUUUCUCUGUCGAAAGCUCUCUAGGCAAGGGCUUUUCGAGUCAUUACAGAGAAGGCGC